AUGUCAACUGUACAAACAAACCACGAACAACAGGAGGAGCCACUUGAUUUAGUGCGUUAUCAACUAGAUGAAUAUAUAAUUGUGAAGUUAAGAGGAGCACGAGAAUUAAAAGGUAAACUACAAGGUUAUGAUAGUCAUUGUAAUAUGGUAUUAAGUGAUGCAGUAGAAACUAUUUUCCCAGAACAAGACAGCGACGAAACAAUUACAAAGAAAACAGAUAUGGUGUUUGUAAGAGGUGACUCGGUAAUAUUGAUUAGUCCCGUCAUAUGA